UGUGGCGGGCAGGGGGCGGGGCGCAGGUGCGGCCGCUCUGGGCGCGGCUCGGUGCCCCUGGAGGACCGGCCGGACAUGGCGGCGGGGCGGGACGCGUGUGGGGCGCUGCUCACCUGGCUGCAGACCUUUGACCCCCCCUCGCCGUGCGCGGCCCCCCCGGAUUUGGCCAGCGGGGUCACCCUGGCUCACGUCCUGCACAAAAUAGAUUCCUCCUGGUUCGAUGAGACCUGGCUGGGUCAGAUCCGGGACGACGCCGAGGGCAACGCUCGGAUCAAGGUGAACAACCUCCGCAAGGUGCUGCAGAGCGUCCUGGAGUACUGGCAGGACGUGCUGGGCCAGGCCGUGGAGGAGCAGCACGUGCCGGACGUGGCGCCGGCGGCCCAGUACGGCGACCCCGAGCAACUGGGCAAACUGGUGCGGCUGGUGCUGGGCUGCGCCGUCAGCUGCCAGCAGCGGGAAGAGCACAUCCAGCGCAUCAUGACGCUGGAGGAGGAGGUGCAGCACGAGGUGAUGGCGGCCAUCCAGGAGCUCUUGGAUCCGGAGCCAUCGGAGCCGAUGGCGGCCGAGACCUACGGGAACUUCGACACUCAGUCCCGCCGUUAUUAUUUCCUGAGCCAGGAGCCCCCCGAGGAGGCCGGGGGGGGUUCGGGGCAGCGCUGCCAGGAGCUGGAGCAGCAGGUGGCCACGCUCCUGGAGGAGAAGGGACACCUGGCCGCCGAGAACCGGGCGCUGCGGGAGCAGCUCGAGUCCGACGCCGCCGGCGCCGCCGCCAAGAAGCUGCUGCGGCUGCAGACGCAGGUGGAGGAGCUGCAGGAGGAGAAUUACAGGUUGGAGAGCGGCAAGGAGGAGCUGCGGGCGCGCUGCUCGCGGCUGGAGCAGGAGGCGCGGGGGCUGCAGGUGCGGGCGCAGGAGCUGAGCGGGCUGGCGGGGGAGGCACGGGCGCUGCGAGACGAGAUGGACCUGCUCAGAGCAUCCUCGGCGCGUGCCGGGCGGCUGGAGGCGGCGGUGGCCACGUACCGGGGCCGUGCGGCGGCGGCGGGGGAGCUGCGGCGCUGGGUGCGGGCGCUGGAGGAGCGGCACGCCGCCCAGGUGCGCCGCGCCGCUCACCUGCAGCAGCAGCUGGGCCGAGCCCAGGCCGGCUGCGCGCAGCUGGAGGCCGCCCGCAGGCAGGUGGAGGAGCUGAGCGGGCAGCAGGCCGAGGCGGCGCUGAGGGCCGAGAAGUGGCACCUGGAGUUCCGGCACCUGCAGGAGCGAUUCGAGGCGCUGAGCCAGGAGAAGGAGCGGCUGCUGGAGGAGCGGGACGCGCUGCGCGAGGCCAACGAGGAGCUGCGCUGCGUGCAGGUGCAGCAGAGCUACCUGAGCCAGGCAGGGCUGGAGGGGGGCCCGACCCCUCCCCAGAAUUUGGCGGCCGAAAUCCUUCCCGCCGAGCUCAGGGACACGGUGACGCGGCUGCGGCGGGAGAACCGACGGCUGCGGCUGCAGCGGGACCAGCUCUGGCACAGACUGGAGGCCGCAGAGCCUCGGACAGCGCAGGGGAGGCUGCGGGAGGAGCUGUCGCUGCCGGAGGAGACCCCCGAGGAUCUGGAUGAGCUGCCGGAGGGAGAGGAAGAGGAGGAGGAAGAGGAAGAGUUGAAGCCCUCCAGGGUCCCGAGAUCAGGAUUUAGAGGUUCCCCGAGUUCGCCGCCACAAAAGCCCUCAGUUUCCCCCGGGGACCCCCCUGGCACUCCCCCCUUGGCCCCCGUCCUGCAGCUCCUCCGGAACCAGCUGCAGGAGAAGGACGCGCUGAUCCGGCACCUGGAGAACGACUGGGAGCGCAGCCGGGCGCAGCGGGAGCGCGAGGAGCGGCUGCUGGUCACCGCCUGGUACAACAUGGGCCUGGCCCUACAGCGGCAGGAAGGGGGGACGGCGCCUCGGGGCCUCUCCAGCGGCGCUCAGUCCUUCCUGGCCCAGCAGCGCUUGGCCACCGUGGCCCGGCGAGCGCGGACCCCUCACGGCCGGGCUCCCCCCAGCUGAGGGGGGGUCCCCCAAACACCCCCCGGAUCACCGGGGGUCCCCUCACUCUGGGCUGGUCCCAUUUCAGACACUACAAACCCAGGCUCCCCACCUUGUUUUGGGUGGGGGGCCUGGGCCUUGCCACCCUACCUCAUCCUGGGGGGCUUUUAGCACUUCUAUUUUUGUAGCUGAUUUCAGGGGGGGUCUUGUGUGUGUUACCCCCAUAAAAUCUUCUAAUAAAGCCUCAGGACUCAG